AUGAAGUCUCUCCGAUUCCUUAGCGCUGAAGCAUUUGUGUCAAAUGCAGAGUUUGCAAGGAAGAGUCUCAGCAGUGUUGCCCAUAAUCUUUUUCCUCUUCUUUUUAAAGCAAGCUAUUUGUUAGAGCAAGGGGAAGUGAUUCAUGACCUGGUAAAGAACUGGCCGCUUGUCGACUUUAACAUGGGAAAACUUCUGGGAACUACUAUGGACUACCAGGAAGACCUGAGCCACAGAACAUGCUCAGUGUGCUUGGAAAGCUGUCUUACAGGGCUGAGAGACUAUGUCCUGCAUCAUCCUUCUCCCUGUGUGAAAAGGUUGAAAGUAGUGGACCUGACAGGUAUAAAAGAUGUUGAAGUUCAGUUUUGUGACUGUAAGAAGCCAAUGGGGAGGUGGGCCAGGACAGAGCUGCUCUCUAAGCUUUGCUUAGAACUGCUGGUUGACCUGCAACAAAUGCAAUGCAAGCCAUGUACCUUUAAAAUCAGUAUUGAUGUGCUAGUUGACUUGUUUGUUACAGAACGCAACUAUGAGCUGGUAAUGCAGGCCCUGUUGCAGAAGUGUUAUUGUCCACUGAAGAUCUGCUGUGUGGCAUUCAGAGCUGACAACUUGGCUUUGCAGAAAUUCUUCUAUAUCAUAAAGCUCACUGACCCCUCUUUGUUGCGCAAACUGGAAGUAGUUCACAAUGUUCGCCUGGAAAUGGAACACUUGGAAAUACUCUUCAACAGCAUCCACUUCCCUCUACUGAUGUCCUUGACCUUGCCAGCACGAACAUUUAAUGUGCAGAGACACACAGCUACAGAUGAACUGAUGCUUACUACCAUUGGAGAAAAGAUGGGUGAAAUGACACAACUGACUGAGCUGAGUCUGGCAUUUUCUAUACUCACAGGAAGAAUACAGAAACUGCUCAGCCCACUAAAAACUCCGCUGAAGAUGCUGGAUGUUUCUAACUGCUCAUUGAACCAUGAUGAUAUGGCCUAUUUAGCCAAUAGCUUCCAUUCUUAUCACUUGGAAACCCUGGAUCUGAGUGGGCAUGAUAUACCCGACCUUUACCCAUCAACGUUCUUUAAACUUCUUAGCCAUUCCUCUUCAGUCCUUAGGAGUCUUAUCUUGGAGGACUGUAAUAUCCAAGAUAGUCAUGUCAACAUGCUGAUUUUAGGCUUAAGCCCUUGUUAUAAACUACAGGAUUUUAAAUUUCUUGGAAACCCACUGUCAUCUGAAGCACUUAAACACCUUUUCACAUUUCUCUGUGAAUUGCCAAUGCUGAAAAAUGUGGAGUUUCCAGUUCCAAUGGACUGCUACCCUAUUGGCAUCAGCUACCCAAUUGAUGAUGCCAGUCUCUGCAGAUUUGAUCACCAAAAAUAUGAAAGAAUAGCGGAGGAGCUUAAUAUCAUUUUACUCCAAGGAAAUCGGGAGGAUGUGAAGGCUUCAACUCCAUUCUUUGGCAGUUAUGAUGCAGCUGUUCAGGAGACAAAUGAAGAAUUGGGAGCCUGUUUGAUUAUGUCCUUUAAGGAGACUUUAGAAAAGUUCACUGCUUCUCUUAGCAAAAUGAGUUAA